UUGACUUCUCAUUUUCUAUCCAUUUAAGUCAAAGCAAAUACCUUGUCCUAAAUUUGGAAUCCAACCACCGGAAUCUCCACUCCACAGCUCACAGAUUCCUUCCAUUUCCUUUCAGCUUCAUUAGGGUUUUCUCCAUUACCUCUCCUUCUUCUUCCCGGCUCCAUUCCCAAUUCAUCCACCUCCAUUGACGCUCUCAAAUGACGUUGAAUAAUGAUAACAUCGACAAGGACAAGUUGCUGGAGCAGUUCUUGAGAAUCGGCUUGGAUGAACGCACUGCACGCAACACCGUCGCCAACAAUAAGGUCACUGCCAAUCUCAGUGCUGUUAUUCAUGAGGCUGGCGUGCUUGAUGGAUGUGAUAGGGCUGUUGGAAAUCUCUUGUAUAGUGUUGCAACAAAGUAUCCAGCAAAUGCACUUAUUCAUCGACCAAUAUUGCUGGAUUAUAUUACCUCGAAUAAGGUAAAAACGCCGGCGCAAUUGGAAGCGGCAUUUUCAUUUUUUUCUGCUGCAGGCUCAGAAAUUAGAUUGAAUGAAUUUGAAAGUGCAUGUGGUGUUGGUGUGGAAGUUUCAGUUGAAGAAAUUGAGCAAACUGUGAAUGAGGUUUUUGAAGAACGUAAAAAUGAAAUUCUGGAGCAACGUUAUCGGACAAAUGUGGGUGACUUGUUUGGCCAGCUACGGAAGAAGCAUCCAUGGGCUGAUCCAAAAAUUGUAAAGCAAUUUAUUGAUUCCAAAUUAUUUGAAUUACUUGGUGAAAGGACAGUAGCAGAUAACGAAAAGAUAGCGAAAAAGAAAAAAGAGAAGCCUGCUAAAGUAGACGAUAAACUUGCUGCUACUGUUGCACCAAAACAGCCUCCAUCUGAGGAAGAUCUUAACCCAUAUUUAAUAUUCCCUCAACCCGAGGAUAAUUAUAAGGUUCAUACUGAAGUAUUUUUCAGUAAUGGAACUAUUUUGAGAUGUUGCAACACCAGGGAGCUGCUUGAAAAACACCUAAAAGCAACAGGGGGAAGAGUUUUAACUCGGUUUCCUCCUGAGCCAAACGGUUAUCUCCAUAUUGGUCAUGCUAAGGCAAUGUUUGUGGAUUUUGGCCUUGCUAAAGAGCGAGGUGGAGGCUGUUAUUUGAGGUAUGAUGACACUAAUCCAGAAGCUGAGAAGAAGGAAUAUAUUGAUCAUAUAGAAGAAAUUGUCAAGUGGAUGGGUUGGGAGCCUUUCAAGAUUACUUAUGCCAGUGAUUACUUCCAAGAACUUUAUGAAUUAGCUGUGGAGCUCAUACGUAGGGGUCAUGCUUAUGUUGAUCAUCAGACUCCUGAUGAAAUAAAGGAGUACAGAGAGAAAAAGAUGAAUAGUCCUUGGAGGGAUAGGCCUAUCGCUGAGUCACUGAAAUUGUUUGACGAAAUGAAGCAAGGUCUGAUUGAGGAAGGCAAGGCAACUCUUAGAAUGAAGCAGGACAUGCAGAGUGAAAAUUUUAACAUGUAUGACCUUAUUGCAUAUCGUAUUAAGUUCACUCCUCAUCCACAUGCUGGAGACAAGUGGUGUAUUUAUCCAAGUUAUGAUUAUGCACACUGCACUGUGGAUUCUCUUGAGAACAUAACACAUUCGCUGUGCACCUUGGAAUUUGAAACACGUCGUGCCUCGUACUACUGGCUGUUACAUGCUCUGGACCUUUACCAACCAUAUGUGUGGGAAUAUUCUCGUCUCAAUGUUUCAAAUAAUGUGUUGUCCAAGCGUAAGUUAAAUCGACUAGUGACUGAAAAAUGGGUUGACAGCUGGGAUGAUCCUCGUCUAUUAACACUUGCUGGUCUUAGGCGCAAAGGUGUUACAUCAACUGCAAUUAAUGCUUUUGUUCGAGGAAUGGGAAUUACCAGAAGUGACUGUUCUUUGAUUCGGUUUGAUCGUCUUGAAUAUCACAUUAGAGAAGAGCUAAAUAGAACAGCUGCACGAGCAAUGGUUGUCUUGCAGCCACUCAAGGUUGUUAUUACAAACUUUGAAAACGGAUCAAUAUUGGAUCUUGAUGCCAAGAAAUGGCCCGAAGCUCAAGGAGAUGAGGCAUCAGCCUUCUAUAAGGUUCCCUUUUCCAAUAUUGUGUACAUAGAACAAUCAGAUUUCCGGUUGAAAGAUUCAAAAGAUUAUUAUGGUCUUGCACCUGGAAAAUCUGUCCUCCUGAGGUAUGCAUAUCCUAUUAAAUGUACGGACGUUAUCCUUGCGGAUGAUAAGGAAACUGUACUUGAGAUUCGAGCUGAAUAUGAUGCUUCCAAGAAAUCAAAGCCAAAGGGGGUCUUACAUUGGGUUGCACAACCUUCUCCAGGAAUCAAGCCACUGAAUGUGGAAGUUAGAUUGUAUGACAAGCUCUUCCUUUCUGAGAACCCUGCUGAACUUGAUGACUGGCUUGCUGAUUUGAACCCACACUCUAAAGUAGUUCUCCCAAGUGCAUUUGCUGUACCGGAACUUAGAAAUGCUGUUGUUGGGGAUACGUUCCAAUUUGAAAGGCUUGGGUAUUUCACCGUUGAUAAAGACUCGACUCCCGAGAAACUCGUAUUCAAUCGGACAGUAACGCUGAGAGAUAGCUAUAAAAGCAGCAAAUAAGUUGAAAAGAAAAAUAAAAGAAAGAAAUGCAAAGAUCAAGAUUAGAAAAAGAAAGCAAGGUUGUUUUAGCUGGUAAAAAUUCCGCUUUAUAGAUCGUAUACGUCUACAGUUUGUUUGUCCAUAACACAUGCUAAUAUAGAUUUUGUGGCUUAGUAUACACACUUGGACAGGUUUUUGGUAGCUUUAACUAUUUGUAGUUUCCACCUCCCUUUGGUUUUUCAUUUUGAAAGUUCCUUGCUUUAUUAGGAAAUGUUUUACAAGUUGAUGUGCUUUAGUUUUAGGAAGUUAUUGUAUUCAGUAUUUAGUAAGCAGGUUUAUUAGGCUUUGCUUAUUCCAACCUAUAAGUUCGUUAACCUUACAUGCUAAGGCUAUAAUUGAGCUAGGUCGGAUUGGUUUUUUCUUUUAUAAAA